GACUAAGCAUCUACACUGAAAGAACAAAGGUUUGUUCAGUCCUGGAAAGAAGUUGCAACCACCAACCUACCCACUUCCACACCACCAUAUAAAUCCUGUGUUUUUUUGUUUUGUGCACUCAGAGUCUAAAACGGGUCUACUUUUAUUCAGAAGCUUUUAUUUUCAAAGAUUUUCUUCACUGUUUUUCCCUACAUAGAUUUUUUUCUUUCCUAUAAGGCACAAUGUUUAAAACAGUCCAAAGCAGUAUGAAUAUGUAUUUGUGUUUAACGUUUGUGCUAGAAAAUACUUUUCUGUUUUCCUCAUGGGAUGCAGUACCAUCUUAGGAGAUGCUAAGUUUCUUGUCUUUGAUAUGUGGGCAAAUAAAGACCCAGUAAUAUCUACAAUUUGUAGAACUUCUAGAAAGAGAAUUCCUCCACACUAAAUCCAUUCAUUCUUUCAUUCACACAUAUUUGAGAGGCUUAUAUGUGUCAGGAGCUGUUGUAGGUGUUACAGGAGCAGCAGUGAGCAAGACAGGCAAGGUCCGAAUUCUCAUGGAGCUCUCAGUGUAGUGAGAAAUGGACAAAAAGACAAAUGUUAAAAGAUGGGACACGUUCUCUAUAUAUAAUUAAAAUGAGAUAAUGGCUAGAGAGAAUGAAUGACUACUUCAGAUUAGGUGGUGAGGAAAGGCCACAUUUAGGACUUGACAUUUUUAGGCAGGGCUCUGAGGAGAUCCAUUCUUGAGAAGGGAGGAGAGUAGGGAGAGCAUUUUAAAGCGGGUGUAAACCCCUGAGGAAGAAACAAAAAACGGCAAGAAGAGCUGGUGUGCAGUUGGUGGUAGGAAGAGAAAAUUGGAAGGUUAAGCAGGGCCCGACUGUGUAGGUCUUUCUAAGUCAUGGUUGGAAAUUGGGAGCUUUCUGUGACAUCUGUGGUCAAGCUCUAGCUGGCUGUUUCUCAGCACAGCUUUUAAAUACUGGAAUCCCCAGAUUUUUGCCCUGGGCCCCUUUCUCUUUCAAUAUUCUUUAGAUCGUCUCAUUUAGGCUCACGGUCUUAAAAACUUUAUGUAACCAUUGCUCAUAACUGUGCAUCUCCAACCCUGGCAUUAAUCCUUCCCUAGCUCCAGACUCUUGUAUCCAUUUGCCUAUAAAGUCACUCCACUUGGAUUUCAAAUGGGCAUCUCAAAUCUAACAUGGCUGAAUACCUGCCCAGUUGCUUAAGCAACAAUCUAGGGCUUAUUCUUGAUUUCUCCAUUUCUGUCACCACCACCCCAGUCCAAUCCAUCAGCAAGUCCCGUCAACUCUCUCCAAAACAUAUCUUGGAUCCAUCCACUCCUCUCCGUGUCCACUACGUCCACUCAGUCCAAGCCAUCAUCAUCUUUCACCUGGACUCCUGCAAUAAUCUCUUACUUGGUGUCCUUGCUUCCACUCCUGCCCUUCUACAAUCACUGACAACACCCAACAUGAUCCUUUUAAAAACAAAAAUCAGAAUGUCACUUCCUACUUAAUGUCCUCUCAUGGCUUCUUAGAAAAAUAAAUCCAGGGACUUCCCUGGUGGUCCAGUGAUUAAGACUCUGCACUUCCACUGCAGGAGGUGCAUGUUUGAUCCCUGGUCAGGGAACUAAGAUCCUGCAUGCUGCAUGGUGUGGCCAAAAAAAAAGGAAAAAUAAAUCCAUAAACCCAAACUCAACCCAAACUCAUUAAGUUUCCACAGUGAUAAUUGUUAACAGAGAAAUAAUAAAAAUCAGCUUGGAAAACUGCAUGAACCUAUUUAAAAUGAAAAAAAAUAUCAGAGAAGAGGAGCAAGCUUGCUAAAGAAUAGAAACCCUUGCCAAAGGCAGCUGUCAAGGAAGUACAAGCCCACAAACAGUCUGAGUUCAAGAGGAAGGACUGUGAUAUGAAUACGAGAAUUCUGGAGCUAUCAGUCUCAGGGACAGUCUUAAGAGAGACAAGGUUCCCAUCAUUACAUCCCCAGAUUUAACCACAGCUGCUCAGCUUUGAUCAAUUUAUCUGUUGAUGUUCUUAGGAAAUGUCAAUACCAAAACAAAUCCAAAUGACAACUACGUUAGAUUGCUAUUCAAGAGGAUGAGUCUCCAUUGAAUUUGUGCAAAAUGGGAUGCCCAGUAGAACCGGAAAAUCUUAGACCAUUGGAGAUGUAAAGACCAGAAUCAAGGAAAUAUGGGUAAUAUUUGUUAUUUACUGUGAGGGAGAAACUUCCACUUAAAUCCCAGUUGCCUCCAGCUGCAUUGUGCUCAGCUGUGUGCUCUGGACUCAUUAAUUAAUACAGAGGUAUUUUCUAGCCCUUCCAACAUCUUUCUUCCAAAUUCUCUUUGCUUUCCUCAAACCCUGUUGGUUGUUAUAAUUUAGCCUCCAACCCAGAUGUUGCAAACUGAAGGCUGAAUUGCCCUUUCAUACGUGUGCUAUUUGUCCUUGACAAUGUUUUGGUGUAUUGUUCUGUUUGUUUUGUUUUUAAACGUAUUCGUUGCAACAUUUAAAAAUGAGAUUUAAAAUUAAAAUCUGCAUUUCCAGCUUCUCUUUUAAAGUUGGCCCUUUCAAGAACCUUGAGUCCAUAUCCUUGAGUGGCAGCAUGUGGAGGAAGCCGAGUGACACUCCACCUUUUGGGCGGCUCUACCCUUAGGGCAGGUACUCUCUGGUUUGCUCUCUGCUCCACCACCCCUAAGUGUCUCCCUGACGGAGACACAGCUAAGGGUCAGUUGUCGGUUAUAAAUAUGCUCUCAUGGUUGUUUUUUUGCUUAUUUUGACCCAUUUUACUCACUUACCCGCCUGGUCCUAUAAUUAUUUGAGAUUGGGACUCCAAUUCUCACCUUUGUCUCUCAGCUUAUUAAAUGGAAUCUAAUUUCUUUCCUAUCACUCAUUACUCUGCUGCUGACUAUGUGAAGUCUCUGGGUGAACUGUUGGAUAGAAUCCAGAAUCAUCAUCUGGCAGAGGAUAUAGUAUAGUGACUUAACUUCCAACAGCCUCCAGAAAACUUGGCUGGGAGCUUCCAGCUAAAACAUAGGCUACAUGUUUUAGACAUCUUAAUUCAUACUGCACCUAAAGGCAUGGAAGUCCUUUUAAAAAAUCACAUUUGAUUUCUCCCUUGCUCCCCAUAUCCAGUUGGUAGCCAACUCUUCUUGGUUCUAUAGCAUCUUCAGGCUUUGUUACUGCCUAUCUGGAUUCGCAGUAGCUUCUCAGCUGGUGUAAAUUUAGUUACUGCCCCAAUCAACACACUCUAACACAGCUUCUUUCUAAAUUAGACUUAAUUAUAUCAUGCAUCACAACUACCCAAAUAGAAAAUAUCAAUAGAUAUGCUUAGAAUGAACAUGCAUGGAAUCAAAUUCAGAUUUAGCCUAACAUUCAAAAGCUACCCAAACCCUUCUUCAGCCUACUUCUCAUCUUUUUUUCUCACUCCACCAUCCAUACACCGUAACUCCAGUCGCUGUACCUGGGCUUUCUCCCCUCCAAGCCAUUGCUCAUGUUUUUAAAAACAUGUCCAUUGUUUAAGUCUCUUCAAAUCCCAGCUCUUUAUGAUACCUUUCCAGAUCUUCCCAGAUGAAAUUAACCUUUCCUUCCUCUGUUUUCUUGGGAUGUUUUCCCCAGCUCUUAUCAGAGUCUGCCUUUCUCCCCAGCUCUUAUCAGAGUUAUAGUUCCUUGUAUUUUUCUCAUGCCCUACAUUUGAGCCUAUGGAGGGCAGGGACCAUAAUUUACACAUCUUUUUAUUUCCUGCACCCAGCAGAGAGUUUAGCACAAGUUGAACUGAAACAAAUAGAAAAUCUAUUUCUUGAAGCAACUUAAUGACUUGUCCUUAAAGAUCUGGGGUCCAAUAUAACUUUCAAAAUAGGAUUCUAAGCCUCUUUUUUUCCCCAGGAUAAAAUUAAUUUUUUUGUUUAAACAGUUUAUAUGUGUGAAGUUUUAAAAUACUUAUUGGGAAGCAUACCACAUCACCCAUACCAAUUCUAACAAAAAUGAAAUAAUCUGACAAAUGCAGAAUGUGGGACAUUAUAUAAGACAGUGCUCCAGGACUGUUAAACAAGUGUCAAUGUUAUAAAAACCAACCAACCAAAAAUGACAAGGAUAUAUAUAUAUAUAUAGAGAGAGAGAGAGAGAGAGAGAGGGACACAAAAAGCAAAAGUGAGAAAAUAUUAGCAAUUAGUAAAUCUAGAUGAAGAGUAUAGGGUAUUUCAUGGUACUAUUCUUUGAGUUCUUCUAUAGGUUAAAAACUUUCAAAAUAAAAAGUUGGGGAAAAAGGAAACAGGAAGGAGCUGAAAGGACUAGUUUGAUUUCCUAACUGUAUUCCUUUUAGUAUAUUAUUAGAUAAGUUAAUAGCUAAAUAGUGAAAACAAAACAUUUAUUUGGGUAUACCUUUCUAUUUAGGAGUAAAACCAGCUAGGAGUGAACCACAUAGUUGGUUGUAAGAAUUACUAAAUCAGAAACGCAGUUUUAUUGCUCCUUAGAGGGACUUCUCAUACUUUAUGCUUUCUACUUUCAAAGAAAAUAAACUGUAGGAAAUGGACGAGGUGCGUAUCAAGGAAUUUUUUUCACUGCGAGUAGAUUUGGAAAUAUUUAACAAAUCCUAACCUUUCAUUAUCACAAGCCUCGGUAUCUAUGAAAGUGAUUAUAUUGAUUUGCCCUCUUUCUCUAGGUGAAAAAAAAACCCCUAUAUCUUUGCUAGGCUGUAGCUAAAUUGAUCUGGUUGAUGGAGGCAGAGAAAUAAAUAUAUUGGUGUAAAAGGACAAAUAGGAGAUAAGGCUGUGUAUUUAUUGCCCAUUUAUGUAAUUACAUGUGUCACUAAGGACAAAGGUCCUUAAAACAAAGACGAAAGGCAGAGUAGAAACAGUUCCCUAUAGAAAGAGAGAUGGAUUUUCUACCACUUCCCUCUUCAUGAAUUUUUCUUUUGCGUGGUUACAUAUCCUUCUGGUUUUGUGAUCACAUUUGAAAACUUAACCAUCUUUUUGGGCACAGUUUGAUGGCUGAAGAUAUGCUUCACUCCAAUAAAAAGAAAAUGAACGUUUUUCAAGAGCAUUCGUAGGCUUCGAGCUGAGAGGACAGCACUUAGUUCCUGAGGUCUGAUAAUCAUUCUGUGCGGAAGUAACUACCAGGACCACGGCACCAUGGAUGUGGUAGGCGAAAACGAGGCCCUACAGCAGUUCUUCGAAGCUCAAGGGGCCAGUGGCACUCUGGGGAACCCGACGCUGGAUACAAGUCUGCUGGAGGAAUUCUUGGGCAAUGAUUUUGAUUUGGCGGCCUUGCAACGCCAGCUCCCAGAUACCCCACCCUAUUCUGCGUCAGACUCCUGCUCUCCUCCACAGGUCAAAGGUGCUUGCUGCCCAACUCUGACACCUGCCGCCGGGGGGAUGCCAGCUGCUUUCCUCCUCUCAGCAGCUGCUCCUGGGAUGCUGCCUGCACACCUGCCGCAGGGCUCGUCUGAGAUGAGCGACUCUGCUCAUUCCCACAGUGCCUUUCACAACUGCUACCCAGACGCCCGUCAUCUCAGGACCCCUCUGGACAAGUCUGUGUCCUCCCAUCUGGGAACUGGUUGUUCUUACCAUCCGCAGCCUCUGUGCCACAGUCCUGGACCCUCAUUGCCACCGACCAAGAAGAGAAAGUGCACACAGGCGCUGGAAGACUCCGGGGACUGUCACGUGUGGGCCCACCACUCCAGACCAAUGACAAGUAGGAGUCACAGCAGCGAAGUGCAAGACCACGACAGUGAGAGACAGAACAUGAUGCCUGUGGACCAGUGCUCUCCUGCUUUGAAGUGGCAGCCAUACCGAAGCGUUCCUUGGCAUAGUUUAUUCAACAGUCAAUAUGAAAAACUACCUGAUAUAGGCUAUCGAGUUGUUACAGACAAAGGAUUUAAUUUUUCACCAGCAGAUGAAGCUUUUGUUUGCCAAAAGAAGAACCACUUUCAGAUCACCAUCCACAUCCAAGUUUGGGGAAGCCCAAAAUUUGUCAAAACCCAAAUGGGUCCAAAGCCAAUAGAAAUGUUCUACUUGAAAGCUUUUGGGAUUAAGGUAGAGGCCACCAAUCAGAUAAUUGCUAUUGAACAGUCCCAAGCAGAUAGAAGCAAAAAGAUUUUCAAUCCUGUUAAAAUCGACCUGUUGGCCGACCAGGUAACCAAAGUAACGCUGGGCCGGUUACACUUCAGCGAAACCACGGCAAAUAACAUGAGAAAGAAGGGAAAGCCAAACCCUGACCAGAGAUACUUCAUGUUGGUGGUCGGACUGUAUGCUGCUAACCAAGACCAGUUCUACCUGUUGUCUGCUCACAUCUCUGAACGGAUCAUUGUAAGGGCCUCCAACCCUGGGCAAUUUGAAAAUGACAUUGAUGCAUUAUGGCAGCGAGGACAAGUUCCAGAAUCUGUUGUUUGUCAUGGUCGAGUGGGCAUAAACACAGAUGCACCGGACGAAGCCCUGGUUGUCUGUGGCAACAUGAAAGUGAUGGGGACGAUUAUGCAUCCCUCUGACAGCCGGGCGAAGCAGAACAUCCAGGAGGUUGACACAAAUGAACAGCUGAGAAGAAUAGCCCAAAUGAGGAUUGUCGAAUACGACUACAAGCCUGAAUUCGCAUCUGCGAUGGGAAUAAACACUGCCCAUCAAACAGGAAUGAUCGCCCAGGAGGUGCGAGAGAUCCUGCCCAGAGCCGUGAGGGAGGUUGGCCAUGUCACCUGUGAAAACGGAGAGAUGCUGGAGAACUUCCUCAUGGUGGAUAAGGACCAGAUCUUUAUGGAAAAUGUGGGUGCAGUGAAGCAGCUUUGCAAACUAACCAACAACCUUGAAGAAAGAAUAGAAGAGUUAGAAAUAUGGAACAGAAGGCUGGCCAGGCUGAAGCGGCUCAGUAGUUGGAAGUCCUCUGCCAGUGAAGUGAGCUCAAUCAGCAAAUGUAGCAGAGCUCUUAGUGCAUCUUCUCCAAAAAGGACCAUUCCCAAAAAAACCAGCAAGGUUUCUUUUUCAGGAAAAAAACAGUCGUGUCCCAGUUGGGUUUUCCAGACCUUGGUUAUAACUCUCAUUGCUGUGAUGGCAUUUUGUGGCUUGACAAUAGUCUCCCUUUACAUACUUAGCUUAAAAGAUCAAGACCAAUGUACCCCAAGUCUCCCUUUGAGCAACCUCACCAGCUCCCAGGAUCCGGCUCUGCCACCCACAGCUUCCCCCUUGGCACCUAAUACAUCUCUGGCAACCACACAACCCCCCUUCCAAGUACCAGAGAUCACUUUCUGUGAGAUCCUGCCAUGUCAGGAGACUUACUGCUGUCCCAACUGGGGAACAAGAAGAGUCCUCUCAAGCCCUGUGCAAAGACAGCCCAAGGAGAAGGAGCCCCAUCAGAGGCCAUGGGCAGGAGACAGGAGCACAUCAUUCUUGGCAGGACAGGCGCUAACCAACCUUGACUGGGGGAGCGACUGGAUUGAUACAACCAUCAGUUCUAUUCAGAUUAUGGAAAUCCAGCAAAUAAUAGAUCGUCGGUAUUGCAGUAGAAGCCUCCAGUGCGGGUCUGGAAAUUACAAUUACCAUAUUCCUGUUAAUAAGUACACACCUACCAAUGUCAAAUUCUCUCUGGAAAUCAACACAACAGAGCCAUUGAUAGUCUUCCAGUGCAAGUUCACCCUUGGAAGUAUGUGUUUCCAUAGUAAAAGGGAAGCCAAAGGCAUGCAAAGACACCAAGAAGUCUCCCAGGAGAUGACACAGGGAUAUCAGCACAUUUGGAGCCUCCCUGCAGCCCCGUUCUUUGACAGCGCAUACCAUUUCCGGGUAGCUGCGCCGGAUUUAGCUGACUGUUCAACGGAUCCUUAUUUUGCUGGGAUAUUCUUUACAGACUACUUCUUUUACUUCUAUCGACACUGUGUCUAAUUUAUUCAAGUUUGUUUGGGGACUUUACCAAAGAAAAAUACUCAAAUACAGUUAACGGAAACUUACAACCUCUUGCAACUUCUUUCUUCUCUUUGUAAAACAUUCACAUUUAUUGCCAAAGGGCUUUUUCCAGGCUUUGGCUUCCAACAGUUUUGAGACAUUAAUGAGGAGAAUAAAGUGUUUGCUGGAA